GACGUCAUGCCGAGCUCACGUGACUUGUUACAUACAGUUCGAGUACUGGGGGUUGGAGAAGGCAGCAUCAGUGCAUUCAAACGUUCGAAAGAAAGAGAGGGGUAAGACACAAACGAACAGUUAGAAACAGGCAGAAUCAGUACAAUGUCGAAAUAUCUAUCGGAAAUACCAUAAAAAUGUUUUUCUUGAAAAAUACAACAUCGCUACAACAUAGAAAAUUGGACAGAUAUCAAAGAAUUUUAAAGUUCUAUGAUAUAUAAAGUACUGUAAAAUACAGAUUGAGAUAAUAAGCUACCAAAAUGCCUGUUCUUAAACAAGAUUUUUUUACUAGCCUGCUCAAUCCACGACAGCUGAUCAGUUCGUCUCCAAGAAGCACUCCAGAUUUAAGAACGUUGGAUAAUCAGGAUUGUGUUAGGAUAGAAGCCAACCCUGGUGCACUUCCCAUUAUUUCCCUACCGGAUGAAUUGGAUCCUCUUAUGUCCGACGGACUUGACUUACAGCCUCUUUUACCUGACAAAAAGGUACAUCGAGGUAGAAAAAAAUGUAAACGUAACGGCAUAAAUAGGUCUCAGUCUAUGCGGAACUCUAGGCAACCCCAGUCGGCUACUUCUUCAAGAAAAUUUCGCUCGAGAAUAGCUAGCAUUCCCACCGAACAUAGUGUACUUCCUGGAAGUUCGGCUCCACUCCGUUCAUCUUCUGACCAUUCUCUCGCGUUAUUAGGAGCCGAUAGCGACUUCCAACGACUCCGAAACUUUUACGUGACUCCUAAAGGACUUGUCAACCGAGGGGACUCCUUCCGCUGCAAAUCUCGUAGCGCCCACAGUGUAUCGUCCAUAGGGUCGCAAUAUUUUCCGUCUACGACUCCUCCAGGAUCGCCCAAUAUUUAUCUCUCUUUACCCGAAGUUCCCAAAGCCUUAUCUAUUACUGUCACCGACACGGAAAGGCACAGAGUGCUAGUGGUGGGAGCGUCAGAGGUUGGAAAAUCUUCCUUAACCACCCAAUUUACAACUUCCGUAUAUAUGUGUGCCUAUGACAACUCUCAGGAUGAAGAAAAUGAAAAAUCUGUGACCGUUGUUUUGAAUGGAAUGGAGUCAGAAUUGGUUUUUGUUGAAUGUACCGCCCAAGACUUUUUAGACAAAGUUAAAGACUCGCCAAGCUCUGCUACUAAUUACGACGCCUACGUGGCGGUUUACUCUGUUACAAAUAAAAGAAGUUUUCGGAAAACGAAGGAAAUCAUUAAUAAUCUGAUGAUUAUGGACAUCACCAGUAAUGCUAAAGCAGCGAUUCUAGUAGGGAACAAAACGGAUCUUGUAAGGCUACGAAAGGUUUCCAUGAAAGAAGGACAAGAUCUGGCAACUGCACACAGCUGGAAAUUUAUCGAGACAUCAACUGGAAUUAACCAUAAUGUGGAUGAGCUCUUGGUUGGAAUCCUCAGCCAGAUCCGACUGAAAUGUCAGCAACAGGAGAGAUUAAAGAAACAGAGAGAAUCAGUGACACUUACGGUCCCAAGCAUGUUUUCGUUCUGCACUGGUGGCAAAACAAAAGUUUUUAUCAAGAAGAUUUUAGAGAAGACUGUCCUGAAAUCAAGAUCUUGUGAUAACCUCCAUAUUUUGUGACCGUCUUUGAGAAUUAUUCUUCAUGGCCCAAAUUACUUUGAAAUCUGCAUGAAUCCAUACCAUAUGACAUUGUGCAGCAAAGUCACUUACUUAAAACCUUGUUGGAGCAGUUUUGAUUUAAAUCAAAUGUUAAUUCCUGUGGAUAUUAUGACACUAGUGAGCCAACCCCAUACGGGAGUAAGUCUAGUGAAGAUUCUUAGGACUCCAAAUUCCAUUAAAAUUCCAAAAUGGGUUAAAAUUAUUAUGAGUAUCGUCUUACUAUUGAAAACAAAUAAUCUCAUUAUGAAACAGAAUUGAUCUUACACAUUGCUUUAUCCAUUUAGUUUAGCUAAGUGAGUCAAUCUAUGUGUAAAUCACGUGUCGAAUGUAUUAAAACUUCUGUCAGAUCCUUGUCGCGACGCUAUGAUAUUCCAUAUUUACCGCAAAUGUUAGGCUAAUGAGGUUGUUGUAAUGAGGUUGUAGGUAGAGACUCAAACCUUCUGUCUGUAGAACACAAUUAUAGAAUUUUUGUUAACAUGAUUUUCAGACAACCCGUAUACUUAAAGACUAAAUAUCUGCAAAAAAAAAAAGUAAAUGUGAGUAUAUCCUUAGAGAUUAUAUCGGUACAAAGCAAUACUUAAAAUAAUUGGGCUGUUAUGUGACAUUUUCGUUUUGAAUAUCGAUUGUAUUCAAUGAAAUUAAGCGAAAAUUUCUAUAAGUUGAUACAACCACGUUACCAAAGUACAGGAAACUAUAUGCAUGUUUAUUAUAGUUUAGUAUUUCUCUGUAUAUAUAUAUGAAAACAAAACCAGCAAUAUUUCCAUUAAAUCAAUGGGUCCUGAAAUUAUUUCUCUGUCACUCGGUAAUUUACGACGAAAAUAUUUGAAUUAUUUUUUUAAUAUCAGCAACAACGUGCUUUAUAAUUCUGCCUUACAAACUUAACAUUUGUGUGUAAUGUUAUUAAGUUUCUUUGAAGUAAUUGAUAAUCUACUACAAAAACAUAUUGCAUACCGCAGUAUUUGAGUUUCCUGAUUAAGAUAAAAAUCAAUUGUUAGUUUUUUAUUUAUCAAUCAUCCUUAAUUUUUAGCUCCUUUCGAAAAAAAAAACGGUGUGCGUUAUCUGCGCUCUCUCUGUUCAAGUUUAUAACAUAUUAUUAGAUAAUUUGAGAUUAUCGAUAAUUUCACGUGAUGUUUUAUUUAAAGCUUUUUUUUAUUUAUUCGCUACUCAGUUACUUAAAAUGAAUGUAUCUGAUAAAACGUUCGUUAAUAUUUUCUGAUUGUCCUAUAGGAACAUUAGGAAACAUUACAAUAUAUAUAUACUGUUACCAAAAACCAGUAAAGACUGUUUCUAACACGUUCACGUAAGCGUAACUAGGCAUUUAAAAAUACUAUUGGAAAGAAACACCAAAAACUUGUUCGUACGCACGCACAUAUAAAUACACACUCGGAUGACAUACUCUGAAAAUGUAUUUUUCAUCACAAUAUACAAACAAGCCAUGCAAAGUUAAACAACAUAACUAUAGGAAUACUUGGACUAGGUACGGACACUAUACCACAUAACUAUAGGAAUACUUGGACUAGGUACGGACACUAUACCACAUAACUAUAGGAAUACUUGGACUAAGUACUGACACUAUACCACAUAACUACAGGAAUAUUUGAGCUAGGUACUGACACUAUCCCACAUAACUACAGGAAUAUUUGAGCGAGGUACUGAUACUAUACCACAUAACUGCAUGAAUAUUUGAGCUAGGUACUGACACUAUCCCACAUAACUACAGGAAUAUUUGAGCGAAGUACUGACACUAUACCACAUAACUAUAAGAAUACUUGGACUAGGUACUGACACUAUACCACAUAACUACAUGAAUACUUGAGCUAGGUACUGAUACUAUACCACAUAACUACAGGAAUAUGUGAGAUAGGUACUGACGCUAUUCCACAUAACUACAGGAAUAUUUGAGCGAGGUACUGACACUAUACCAUAUAACUACAGGAAUAUUUGAGCUUGAGCUAGGUACUGACACUAUACCACAUAACUAUAGGAAUACUUGAGCUAGAUACUGACGCUAUACCACAUAACUACAGGAAUACUUGAGCUAGGUUCCUGACAACAUACUUCAUAAAUAUAAGAAUACCUAAGCUAGGUGCUGAAACUAUACCACAUAACUAUAAGAAUAUUUGAGCAAGGUACUGAUACUAUAUCACAUAAUAGCUAUAAGAUUGCUUGAUAUGGUUACUGACGCUAUACCACACAACUAUAAGAAUACUUGAGCUAGUUACUGACUAUACACCACACAACUAAAAGAAUACUUGAGUUAGGCACUAAUAAAGCCCUUGGUAGGUUUUAUUUAUGUUAGUAUUUUUCAACUCUCGUAGUUUUUAACUCUUUUGACAUGAAAAAUAUUGACACGACUCUGGCUCUGACGUCAGCACAAUGCAAUAAUACUUAUCAUUUCAUAAUGAAUCUAUCUAUGACAGACAUAUUAUCAUUGGUGAAUUGCUAAUAAUUUUAUUAAUUGUACCUGUGGGAUUUUCACAACCUACCCGUUUAGUGAGUCUUUAAUUUAUUGCUCAACUCAAUUAUAAUUAACGAUUAACACUGUAUUAAUACUUAAUACAAAUUAUACAACGUGAUCAAAAUAGCUUAACUAAAACACGUUACAGAAACGAAGAUUUAAUAUAAAUAUAUAUAAAAGUCAAAUAACAUAUAACAAGUCUAAGUUUUACA